AUGAUUACAGCCAUCUCUAAUGAACGACAAGGGUGCGCCAUAUCCGGUGCGACGAGUCCCCCGGGGGUCAGUGCCAGAACUGCCUCUCUGCGGGCUGGCAGUGAGGGCUACAACGACAUUGACCGGCUGCCGGGGCCUAGGCAACUUCCCUGCGCGUACUCUAAUACCUGUAUACGGGAUAUCGGCACAAGGGUCAAGGCCGCGUGGCCCAUGACCGCCGACGAGCAGCGGCCUUUUGCCUACUUUCAACAGCAUCCUAUCGUCAGCCUGACGGCCCUUUUCGAAUUGCCGCUAUGGCAAAGGCACGCCCUGCAAAUGUGCCAUGCCGACCAAGCCAUCUUCCACGCCGUCACCAUGCUCAGCGCAGCGCAUCAGAGCUCCGAGCUGAAACAUAUGCAGAGAGUACAAGGUACCUCAGUCCACCGCGCCUACUGCUUCUCGCUGCAGCAGUCGUCGCGCGCUAUGAGAUUGCUAAGUCAGCGACUGGCCUCGCAGGACCCCGAACUCCGCCACGUAGUCCUGCUCUGCUCCUUGCUCUUCGGCUUAUCGGACGUUCUCCUCGACAGGCACGAGAGCGCCUGGACGCAUUUCCUCUCGGGCCUACGCAUCCUCAAAGAGAUCGAACACCAUCCAUAUCUCAUCUCCAAGGCCGAGCCAUCCCUAGUUGCUGUAUACCGCCGGAUAAGCCUGCAGGCAGCCCUAUACAGCACCAAAAUCUCGUGGGCAGAUGUCCCUCCAUCACCGGUACCAACAUACGUUCCUCCACCACCGCCUGACGAUGCUCUUAAGGCCUCUGCUACUGGACACCAGGAUCCCGUUGAUCGCAACGGGCCUGGGCCUCUCUGGCUACGACUUCGUCGCCACUACAAUUCCUUGUAUAUCGCGCAAUCCCGCCUCCUCUGCACAUUCGCUCAGUUCGUUCAGAAAUUCAUCUUCUUCUGCGAAUCGCACUCACCCACCCUCCCCAAGAAUCAACAGAGCACGCUUGACCUCCUCCAUCUCCUCAUCCUAGGCCAUAUUCUGUCUCUCAAAAUUGCCGGAGGGCCCCUACCACUUUCCGUCCUUCCCGAGGUCUAA